AUGCUGCUCAAUGACAGAAAAUGUGCAAAACGAUUACUUGACUUUCAUCCAACAGAUUUCGAAUUUCUGAGUGAGAAACUCAAAGCAGAUAAAUCCUUCGUAUUAGAAACUAUUCCAAAAUACUCCAAUUGCAUUAAAUAUGCCAGUGAAGAACUAAGGAAUGACAAACAAGUAAUUUUACGCGUGUUGGUUGGUAAAAAUGGUCUUUUACUAGAAUUUGCAAGUGAAGCAUUGAGAAAUGAUAGAGAAAUAGUUUUGAGAGCAAUUGAGGGUGAAAAAAUUGCCAAUUCCCAUUUGCGAAUUCCUUCAUGUCAUGAUAUGCAUAUGAAUAAUGCACUGGCUUUGCAAUUUGCUAGCCCUCAAUUGAGAAAUGAUAGAGAAAUAGUUAGUAAGGCAAUUAUUCGAAAUGCUUUGGCAAUUCAAUUUGCUAGUGAGGAGUUGAGAAAUGAUCGAACACUUGUUUCGUAUGCUGUACAAAGGAAUGCAUCAGCUUUGGAUUUUGUGAGUGAGGAAUUGAGGAAGGAUGAGAAAAUUAUUGAAUUGGCUGCCAAGGCAAGGUUUGCUGAUUUAGAUAUGGAUUAA